AUGAGUGACAACGCUGGAGCCAAGGGCCCUGAGCCUGGCGAUCGAGUUGCCAUUGGUAUUACCUUUGGUAACUCCAACAGUUCCAUUGCCUAUACUGUUGACGACAAGGCCGAGGUUAUUGCCAACGAGGAUGGAGACCGACAAAUUCCCACCGUUCUGUCUUACGUUGACGGCGAUGAGUACUACGGCGGACAGGCCAAGAACUUCCUCGUUCGCAACCCCGAUAACACCAUCGCCAACUUCCGGGACUUCCUCGGCCAAGAAUUCAAGUCCAUCGACCCUACCCACUCUCACGCUUCCGCCCACCCCAAGGAUGUUUCCGGCACCGUUGCUUUUUCUGUCAAGGACAAGAGCGAGGAAGAGACUUCGACUGUUUCUGUUUCAGAGGCCACUACUCGAUACCUGCGACGCCUUGUGGGUUCUGCUUCCGACUACCUUGGCAAGAAGGUCACCUCCGCCGUUGUUACCGUCCCCACAAACUUCACCGAGAAGCAGCGAGAGGCUCUGAUCAAGGCCGCCAACGACGCCGACAUCGAGAUCCUUCAGCUUAUUUCUGACCCUGUCGCCGCUGUUCUGGCUUACGAUGCCCGUCCUGAGGCCAAGAUCGAGGAUAAGAUCAUUGUUGUUGCCGACCUUGGUGGCACUCGCUCAGAUGUUGCCGUUGUCGCUUCGCGAGGUGGUCUUUACACGAUCCUCGCCACUGCUCACGAUUACGAGUUUGCUGGUGUUCAUUUGGACAAUGCUCUUAUGGAUCACUUUGCUAAGGAAUUCCAAAAGAAGCACAGCAUUGACCCCCGAAACAACACUCGCAGUCUUGCGAAGCUUCGACUUGAGUCCGAGGCUACCAAGCGAGCUCUGAGCCUGGGCAGCAACGCUCAGUUCAGCGUCGAGAGCUUGGCGGAUGGCUUCGAUUUCUCUGUUACUAUCAACAGGAUACGAUACGAGAUGGUUGCCCGCAAGGUAUUCGAGGGCUUCAACCGACUCAUCGAGGGUGUUGUCAAGAAGGCCGGCCUCGAUGUUCUUGACAUUGACGAGGUUAUUCUGUCAGGAGGUACUGCCCACACCCCUCGUAUCGCUAACAAUCUCCGUGGUAUCUUCCCUGAGACUACCGAGAUUCAAGCUCCCGCCACGAGCGUGUCCGCCAUCAACCCUUCUGAGCUCCUUGCUCGUGGUGCUGCCCUCCAGGCCUCUUUGAUCCAGGAGUACGAGGCCGCCGAUAUCGAGCAGUCCACUCACCCUGCUGUCACCACUGUGAAGCACAUCUCCAAUGCUAUUGGUGUUAUCACCGUGGGUGCUGACGGCGAGGAUGUCUUCACCCCCAUCAUUGCCCCUGAGACCGCCGCCCCUGCCCGUCGCACCAUCCAUAUUCCCGCUCCUAAGGAAGGUGGCGAUGUUCUUAUCAAGAUUGUUGAGGGUAACACCCACAUCAAGGUCACCAAGCCUGAGCCUAAGGCUAAGGAAGAGAAUGGAGACAAGGAUGAGGACGACUCCGAUUUUGAUGACUCUGAUGAAGAGGAAGAGGAGACCCGGGAGAAAAUCUGGAAGAUCGGCAACCCUCUUGCCGAGGCCGCCAUCAAGGGUGUCAAGGCCGGCGGCAAGGUCGAAGUCACGAUCAAUGUUCUAGCCGAUCUAGGUGUUACGGUUACAGCCCGGGAAGUUGGCGGUAAGGGUGGUGUGCGAGGAAACAUCUAA